AUGUCGCGACCGAAACAGCACAUCGUCUUUCUGACAGGACCUACGGGCACUGGCAAGACGACGAUAGCAAAGUAUCUGACAGAAUCGCUACGCAUGACCUUUAUCGAAGGUGACGACUACCACCCAAAGGAGAACGUAGAAAAGAUGCACAGAGGCGAAGCCCUCACCGACGACGACCGCUGGGGCUGGCUCGACGCCCUUCGUGACGAGGCCCUCAAAGAACUGGAGCGGGACCACCAGGGUGUCAUCGUCACCUGUUCCGCUCUCAAGCGCGCCUACCGCGACAUCCUACGCGGCGCCUCGCACCCGGAGAAGGACAUCUUUGUCCACUUUGUCACACUGCACGCGCCCGAAGAGGUUCUUUUCGAGCGUGUCAAGAACAGGCAUGGCCACUUUGCCGGCUCCAACCUGGUGCACAGCCAAUUUCAAAGCUUGGACCCGCCACAGGCGGACGAGCCGGACGUCGUGGGCGUGGAUGUGCAGCCGCCUGUGGACGAGGUGAAGAAGGAUGCGCUGGAGAAGUUGAAGGGCUUGCUAAGCAGGUGA